AGAGAACAGGGUUCGACCGCCAGACAAAUGUGUCAUCCACAUGGAGGUUCAAAACCCACUGCUUGCACGGCAAAGUGUAGUCUUCCUCAAGGCAAUUGUUCACCUCCAUGUGUUCGGAGUGUACGCCGUACGCCAUCGGGAACUUUUGGUCCCCAAAUGAACGCAGCACGCAGCUGGAGAGAAGGUGCAUCUCGGAAGGAUGACAUCUGAAACUUCAUUGAUGCAGGCCAUGCGGCUAAGAUGUAUACAGGCAAGUCUUCUGUAGUCGUUUGUUCCCCCCUUCAGGCGUCUUCGGUCACCUACCCACCGUCCGACCAAAGCGGACGGAGGAUGUGUCGGAUGUGCGACCCAUCUCAGUGGAUCAACGACCGCGUUGGACCUGGGUAGCUCGGACCGCGUUGCCAUGGCCAUCUACGAAUCUCAGCUCAUGGCCGCGCAGGAUGGAGCUUUGCAGCUUCCAGAGGUCGCCGUGUGGGGGAACCUGGCCAUCUACACGGUGGCCUGGGCCCUUCUCAUGUGGCCUCAGCAUCUUCCCUUGGGCCGACCAUGUAUUGCCCUGGUCUUUGCCGCGAUGGCGUGCGGUCUGCGCGAGUUCUGUCACAAGGCUUGGCCUGAGGAGGACUAUCCCAGCCUGGACUUUUUGGGGAAGAUCAAUCCAACACCCAUCGGAUUGCUCUUUGGGUUGAUGUUGGUGAAUGCCUACCUGAGCGACACUGGCUUGUGGAAGCAUGUGGAAGGGCUUUUGGACACGCCGUCUCCCACAUGGCUGCUCCUGAAGAUCUGUGGCCUGGCAGCUGCUACGUCCGCGGUGUUGACCAACGACACCACCUGCCUGAUGCUUACACCUUUGGUCCUGAACCUGUGCAGACAAAGAGGCGCCCAAAGUACCUUGCCUUUUCUGAUGGCCGUGGCGACCAGCUCGAACAUUGGCAGCAGCCUCACCAUCAUCGGGAAUCCGCAAAAUGCUCUCAUCGCAUCCAUCAGCCCGGACAUGGGCUUCUUGACCUUCAUGAGGGACAUGCUCCUGCCGGUGCUGUUGGGACUUCUUCUGAACACUGCCGCUCUGUGGCUCUACUUCCGAAAAUCCUUGGUCUUUCAUCAGGAGGAGAGUGCAGAUGUGGAGCAACCGAUUGGAACGCCGAGCGGAGCUGCCUCGCAGCUGCCUCGCAAAGACCUUUGCUACCGGAUGAUGUACUUCUUGGCUGUGGCUCUUGUGGUCUUGGCGAUGAUCGCUGGCUGGAUGCUGGACAUGAGCACCGAUGACGUGGCGCUCGCGGCGGGCGCCACGCUGAUGUUCCUGCGCGCGCUGCGCCGACGCCUGGCCCCGCGAUGCGGAGACCGCGAGGAAGAGGGUGAAGAGGAAACCGAGACGCAGUUCGGAUUGGGUGCCAUCGACUAUUCCAUCCUCAUCUUGUUCGUGGGCCAGUUCAUCUUGGUGGGCGCAACGGUGGACACCGGCCUCCCACAAAGACUCUUCCACUACAUUUUAGGACCUUGCGCGACCAAUGUGGCUAAUGGCCCAUUCUGUAUCUUGUGGUUUGCCACUGUGGUCCUCUUGCUGUCCAACGUCAUCAGCAAUGUGCCAGUGAUCCUCAUGUUGCAGCCUUUGCUUGCUACUCAACCUGCUGGAUCUAUUGCCCAGAUUUGGACUGUUUGUGCUUGGGUGGCGACAGUUUCAGGGAACCUUACUUUGCUCGGAAGUGCUGCCAACCUCAUCGUUGCUCACAUUGCUGAAGGCCAUGGAGAGAGAGGUUUUGUCGCCACGACUUACAGCAAGUUCUCUUUGAUUCCAACCUGCGUGGUCACUUUUCUGGGUGUCAUGCUGAUGCCUCCCAUGGGGCCGCGUUGGUCCUGGAUGGUUGGAGCUGGAGUUGUGGCUUUGCUGGUGAUCAUGGCUUUCCUCAAAGCCAUGCAAAUGUGCACAGCCACAAGGAAACCUGCGACUGCUCGAGCCGCACCCUUCUUGUGAGUGAUUCCUAGGGCCGGCCAGGAUAUAUAUAGCUGGCUUGCAAAGAUGGCCUCUCGAAUUUCCCGCUGUUUUUAAAAAUUAAUCUCCUUUGCUGAUCCGUUGCUCAUUUCCAUGAUGUUUCCAUGUUUCCACAGACAGUUCAGAUGCUAGUUGCCCAGCAUUGGGGAAGUGGUUGAGUUUGCAUGCUGCAACUUAAAUUUGUCUUCCAAUGUGGCACAGCUUGCGGGCAACAUCCAAAUUGCUUGCCGGUGCAGCGUCUAGCUGGCUGUGGAAGACAGUCUUUUCACAGAGCACAGGAGCUGCCAGCGCAUGUUGGCAGCUUUGCAGCUUUAAUGCAGAUUCUCUUUCGGACUUGUUGGAGAUCCAUUUCUUGGAUCCUUUGAAGGAUCAGAAUUUCGAUGGACCUCUUCAAGCAGUUUUGGGCCAAUCUGCAUCUCAUGUUCCCUUUCCACCUUGUACAGGCCCCGAUGCGGGGCAUUGUGGUCAGGUUGACGAAGGCUUCCACUUCUUGGAAAA